GCUCCGCCCCCCGGUCCCCGUUGGUGGAGGUCGUACCCGUGCGCAUGCUCAGCGCCAGCACACGCCCAGCCUUAUAGCGGUGCGGCGGCAGCGGGCCGUGCUGGAGCGCAGCGGCGGGCCCCGCGGCAUGGCGCGGCUCCCGGUGCUCCCGCUGCUGCUGGAGCUGCUGCUCCUGCUCCCGCUGCCGCUGGAGCUGCUGCUCCCGCCGCCGCGCAACGGGACCCUGCCCCGCUGCCCCUCGGGCCGGUUCCGGUGCGCGCCCCGCGCUCGCUGCGUGCCCUUGGAGUGGCGAUGCGAUGGGCACCCCGAUUGCGACGACGGAGGGGACGAGCUGGGCUGCGGGACGGUGACCCCGGCGGCGCCGAGCCCUGGCGGCACAGAGGCUUCACCUACGCGUGUGCCUGAGAGCUCAGCACCACCCAGUAGCCCAGACCGCAUGUGGAUCUUGGUUAUUGCAGCGCUCCUGAGCAUCCUGGUAGCUGCUGGUUCUGUUGCUGUGUGGGGCAUGUCCAAAGCAAAAAGCAGAUCUGACUUCGUCAGUCUUGAAAAAGCAUCCAGAGAACAGCUAAUGCCUGACAAGAGCCAGAAGGGCUCAUUUCCCCGAAGGGGAUCUUUACCACAAGGUGAUGAGAUGGGACAAGCCUGGUCUCCCUCCAGCUGCCUGUAUUGGACAUAAGCUCUCAAGUCUGAAUUGUUACACUGGAAUAACAAAGGAUGCUCCCCUUGGAAAUCGAUUUUUAGAUUGUGGGACUACUUUAGCUCUGGAAAUAGCACAGGACCUUCCCUCGUGCUGUGAAAUCACCCGUUACAAAAGCUGGUAGAAAUGUCUUCAUUGUUCUUGCCUCCAGGGUUUGUUAAUGCUGAUCUCACCAGAGUGGCCUUGGAGACCCAAAGGUUUUAUCCUCCAUGAAAUGAUAGGUGAUAGGUGCUGUUCAACUGUUUCCUUCCGCUUCCAGCCAAGAGAUUUUCUUCACCUGCUCCAUUUUUCCUCCUGGAUUUUGCUAGGGAGCAGGGGCUUUCUCAUCCAUUUCAGUAGGAACUUACUAACUCUGCACAGAUCCAACAUGUACUCCGUGUUUGUGGUAGUGUUUUGAUGCUGCUCAGUCCAGUGUUCAGGAAGCUUUACUGACAGGUCAGCCACAUGGGGGAAAGCUGAAAACUUCUUGUCUGUUCUGGCUUUGCUGCUGCCACCCCGAGUCAGUGUGGGGCCAGCAGCUUCUCAGCACACUCCCUUCCAGCAAGGACCUCUGCCCUCUGCAGAAACACACUUUCCAUCCCAGUGCUGAACUCUGGAUGUUGUUAACAGUUAAUGUUGUCUUCUUUAAAAUUAUUCUGAUGUGAGUGGUGUCCCUCAAAGGUCCGUACUGGGACCAGUGCCAUAUAAAGCCAAAUGGUUUGGGCUCAAAAGGACCUUAAAGCUUAUCCAGCUCCAACCCCCUGCCACGGGCAGGGACACCUUCCACUAGAGCAGGUCGCUCCAAGCCCCUGUGUCCAACCUGGCCUUGAACACUGCCAGGGAUGGGGCAGCCACAGCUUCUCUGGGAAAAGUCUGUGCCAGCGCCUCAGCACCCUCACAGGGAAGAGCUUCUGCCCAAGAGCUCAUCUCAAUCUCCCCUCUGGCAGGUUAAAGCCAUUCCCCUUGGCCUGUCCCUCCAUCCCUUGUCCAAAGCCCCUCUCCCGGUUUCCUGGAGCCCCUUUAGGCACUGGAGCUGCUCUAAGGUCUCCCCUUCAGGAGCCUUCUCUUCUCCAGGCUGCCCCAGCCCAGCUCUCUCAGCCUGGCUCCAGAGCAGAGCUGCUCCAGCCCUCGCAGCGCCUUCAUCAGUGGUGGUUGUACUAGGAUCAAGUGCACCCUUGAAGUUCAAGUUUGUGGAUGACACCAAGUUGAGUUGAUUCGCUUGGGGCAGGGAGGGGGGAAUGCUGAGGGAAUGCUGUCCAGAGGCACCUUCAGGCUGGAGGAGUGGGCCCAUGUGAACUUCAUGAUGUUCAAUAAGGUCAAGUGCAAGGUCCUGCACCUUGGUCGGGCAGUUGCUGGAGAAGAGAAUGCUCUGGGAAGGCCAAGGCCUGUGGUGACAGGACAAGGGGCAACAGUUACAAACUGGCAAAGGGAAGAUUUAGAUUAGAUUUUAGGAAGAAGUUCUGUUCUGUGAGCACUGGCACAGGGUGCCCAGAGAAGCUGUGGCUGCCCCAUCCCUGGCAGUGUUCAAGGCCAGGCUGGACACAGGGGCUUGGAGCAACCUGCUCUAGUGGAAGGUGUCCCUGCCCGUGGCAGGGGGUUGGAGCUGGACGAGGUCCCUUCCAAACCAAACCACUCUGUUUCUAUGAGGCUUUCACUGUUUUUCUGUGUUUGGGGGCACGUGUUGCACUUUCCAAACAGCUCCGUGCUGUAUGCUUUUGAAAACUGACAGUGGGGGCAGGAGACUCUGACCAGUGCGUCUAGCUCCGUGCUGACCAUGAGCCCCUUGCACAAGUGUUCACUAAGUGCACAAAGGAUUGAAAGCUGCUGCCUUGGCUGCUGAUCUCUGUGCCUUAGAGGUGAGAACUUGGUUUGCCAAGCAGGCACCAGUCAUCAGCCUUAGAGUAGGAGCCUUCCACCCCUCGUAGUGUGUGUGUGCUGCUGUUCCCCAUGGGAGAAGCCUCUAGAUGUGGCAUGGAGUGCUGAGUUACUCCAGUGCUGCUCUUCUUAGUACCAAGAGGUUAUUUGCAAAGGUGCACACAACCUUGCUUCUGUUUCCACAGGGAUAAGUGGAGAUAGCUGUUGGUGAAUGACACAGGAGAAUAAAGAACUUGAAACUAA